CUACAGAAUACUGCCACUGAGCAAUACUGCAGCUCCCUUCUGAUUCACCUGCCUUUCUCAUACCAUUUAUUAGGGGGCUUCCUCCUCACUCUCCACAGAGCCACAAUCUGCUUUGCCUUAGAGAACAUCACUAGCACAAAAGGCAGCAACUGCAAUAGUCCACAGUUCUUCACUGUUACCUUCAACAAGAUGAUGAAGCCACUACAGAUAUUCAUUUGUGCAAUUUUAUGCCUGCCUUCUGCUCUGACUAUUGCUGUAGAUGUUCAAGAUCUGGAUAAUCAGAUACUAGUGACCGGAGAAGUGACUUUACCAGAUUGCAAACAAAAAGAACAUACAAGAUGGGAUAAGAUGAUGACGAUGCUGGAGAACUCUCACAUGAGACAGAAUAUGCUGCUUCAGUAUUUUGAAGAAUUUAAGGUGGAACUACAGGUUGUGAAAAACGAGCUUUGGGAGCUAGAAGCAAAAACAUCAGUCUCGUGUAGCAACUGCCUCAAGAGCAUUACAACAGAUUUUUCAAGCUUGCUGGAUUCGAAGUGUCAGCCACAAAACAAUUUGAAUAAUGUGGAAGAAUCAAUUGCUGUAAAUCAGGACAUAGCAGACAGACUUCAACGCAUUGAAAAUCUCUUGAAGAAAAGAGAAGAAGCAGAUGAGAAUAAAGUAGAACCUGCAGAAGAAGCAGAUCAGAAUAAAGUAGAACCUACAGAAGAAGCAGAUCAGAAUAAAGUAGAACCUACAGAAGAUGCAGAUCAGAAUAAAGUAGAACCUACAGAAGAAGCAGAUCAGAAUAAAGUAGAACCUACAGAAGAAGCACAAGACGAUUCUAUUUUUGCACAAAUGUUAGAUCCAGUCGAUCAAGACCUUCUGGAAACAGAAAGCCAGCCAGAGUGGAUCAAAAUAAAGAAGUGGUAAUCUAUCCUAUUUUCGUGAUGAAAGUCCUAUGAUCUGAUAAUGUAAAGUUCCUGCCUCUAACGCCUUGGGGCUUAUUCAAUGCAACUGAAGUAAAGAACAUGAGAAGACAACUGUAGGUGUUGUUAGAAGCAAUUUAUAAGGUUUUACCUUUCAUUUUACGGAAAAAAA